AUGCACCGGGGUGCGCUUCUCUGGGACGAGGCUCUGAAAUCUUCCGCAAAGCCAUAUUCGCACUCAUCUAUGAGUCAGAAAAUGCGCAUCUCCAUCGGUAACUGGGUCAAGCUUCUCUCCAUCUGGCAAUACUCCAUCCCCUUCCUCAUAAACCUCUCCGCCUCCAUCGCUUUCCCACCAUCUCUAUAA